UUCCGGUUAAAAUACAAAACAUGCAGCGGUGCAGCUAUCAUUCACUUUAACGUGCCUGAACAGAUCAGAUCAUGUUGACUCCAGUGAAGGACGGGAUGCCCAGCAUGAUAGACAGGGCGCUGAGGAUGAGGAGGGAGGAGCAGGCUCGACAGGUGGUCCUGGCCUGGGCCGUGCUGAACGUGUCUCUAGCUGGCAUGAUUUACACUGAAAUGUCAGGACAGUUGCUGAGCCGAUACUACAACAUCACCUACUGGCCUAUCUGGUACAUCGAACUGGCGCUCGCCUCUCUGUUUAGCCUUAAUGCUCUUUUUGACUUCUGGAAAUAUUUCAAAUACACCAUGGCUCCCUCCUCCAUUGCUGUAUCCCCUGAGCAGCAUAAACUCCUGGGUCUGAGAAACACAAGUAUUCUUGCCUCUCCGCCCCAAAAGCCUGAAAAAAAGGAGACCCCAGCCCCGGCCCAGUCGUCUCCGCUGCAGGGCCAAAGUGUUCUGAGUUUCAGCCCCUCAAGACCGGCCACUACCAGCCCCAAGUUCUCCCCGAGCUGUGUACCCGGGUACAGCCCUCCGCUCGGCAGCCCAUCCACCCCAAACAGUGCAGGGGGGGCCUUUUCCUCCUCAGUUGCCUUUGGAAAGGUGUUGAACUACAGUCCCUCCCCUGGCUCCUCUCCCUACGCCAGCAGCAUCGGACCAGCAGAAGGCUCCAGUUUGAGAGCCCGAUACCGCACGUCCCCCUCAGUGUUUAACUCCCCUGGAAGCAAGGAGGACUACAUGGAGGAUUUGAAAAGCCUGGAGAGGUUCCUCCGAACAGAGGGGGAGAGGAGUCACCGCAGCCAGCUAGGGAGUCCAGAGGCUGUGUCUCCGAGCCACAGCCCAACAUUUUGGAACUACAACCGCUCCGUGGGAGACUAUGCCCAGAGCCUGAGGAAGUUCCUGUACCAGCCGGCCUGCCGCUCUCUGGCUCCGUCUGCCAGCAAGGACGAGACGGACCUGGGCUCCAAACAGGCUGCAGAGGAGGUGUGGGCCAGAAUCACAACCAGUCGUCCUGUAGUGGACCGCAUUGAUAGCUGGACCGCCAAGCUUCGAAAUUGGAUCAGUGACACCAUCUUGGUCCCCCUGGUGAAGGAAAUCGACUCCGUCAACAGCCAGCUCAGGAGGAUGGGCUGCCCUGAGCUGCAGAUAGGAGAGGCCAGCAUUAGCAGUUUAAAGCAGGCAGCGGUGAUGAAAGCCUCCUCCAUCCCCACCAUGAACUCUAUUGUUCAGUAUCUGGACAUCACUCCCAACCAGGAAUACCUCGUGGACCGUGUGAAGGAGCUGGCCCACAGCGGCUGCAUGAGCUCCUUUCGCUGGAAUGGUGGCGGAGAUCUGAAGAACAGGAAGUGGGACACGGACCUCCCCACGGACUGCACUGUCCUCAUGCAUAUGUGUUGCACAUACUUGGACUCCAGACUGCCCCCCCACCCAAAGUACCCAGACGGGAAGACUUUUACCUCGCAGCACUUCAGCCACACCCCCGAUAAACCUGAUGUUACCAAGGAGAGCCUUUUCUGCAUCCACCAAAGCAGCACCACCCCCCCUCACUACCAGCUCAUCUACCAGGGACACGUCUACAGUCUACCCAAGGGCAGGAACAACCUGUUCCACACAAUCCUCAUGUUCCUCUACGUCAUCAAGACUAAGGAGUCAGGGAUGCUGGGGAGGGUAAAUCUCGGCCUCUCUGGUGUGAACAUCUUGUGGAUAUUCGAAAACUAAUGCGUCAUCAUUUACAAGAAACAAGGAACUACAGGUGGAUUUCCCCCCCUACAAUGCUGUGUGGCUACACUGGUUGGAAUACCGCCUCAAUUAAAGGACUGCCCGUUCAGCAGCACAUCGGAAAAGCAGCACUUCACCUGGACAGACGAUAAAUCCAUAUUUUUGGAAGUUUUCUCAAUUUUAGUGUAAGAUUCUGUAUUGUCAUUUUAAGGACACCUUUAUGUUGCGCCAAAGUGUGCUUAGGAAACGCUGCAGAGGUUUUUUUAUAACAUGGUAAGGUUUUUGUAUUUUGAGAAUGUACCAGCAUGGCAGCCUUGUAAAUAAUACACCUCUGAUUUAUCUGGUCAAACGUUGAGCGCUCAGACCCAUUUAGCUUGAAUGUAAAUACAGUAUGUGUGGAAUUGACUUUUGUUACCUCAGCUGUAAUAAAUCUUUUGCAACUA